AGGGAUGGGCAUCUCGCUGCCCAUGGCGGGCGCGGAAGGGUCUAAUUGCCAGCCCUUGGCUUGCAUUCCCAGACCCAUGAUGUUCUCCACGGGGCUUGUCUUCGUCUAGAAGGCUGAUGAUCCGAUAGUGGAGCUCCCGGACUGCCAGGCACUAUAUUUGACCCAGUCUUCCCCCAUAUUGCCCGGACCGCUUUCAGUUCACCCCAGAUUCUGAUUUCAAACAGUGUGGAGACUCUCCACUCGUGUUCCUCUUUCUUGCCGGCUGCACGAUACUCAUUUCUUCCACCCUCUGUCCACUUUACGCUUCCUACCCAUCCAACAAAGACAGUGAAUAGUAAUGGCGACCGCACAGGAGCACCAGAAUGCCGCUGCGGUAGGUGGAGAGACACCAUACAGUAAGGAGACCAACGGGACCAGCGCCAUUGACCACGGCGCGACAACAAAACAGAGAGCACCCUACGAUUAUGGCGGCAACCCACUGGCACACGUUCGCACGAACGAUUCUCAGCUUCGCAUGCCAGCGUUCGGUGGAGAAUUCCAGCCCGGUCUAUACAGGCCACCAAACAGGAAGUUUGGUAACCCAGCGCCAUUGGGUCUUUCAGCGUUCGCCUUGACCACCUUCGUGCUCUCGCUCAUUAAUAUGGGCACGCGCAACAUCGGGGAGCCCAACAUCGUUGUUGCGAUCGCCUUUGGUUAUGGUGGUCUUGUCCAACUUCUCGCUGGCAUGUGGGAAAUGGCCGUCGGAAACACCUUCGGUGCCACCGCUCUCUCGUCCUACGGCGGCUUUUGGCUCUCGUUCGCCAUUAUCCUAACCCCCGGUGGCUUCCAAAUCGAGUCUACUCUCGAAGCCAAGGGCCCAGCACCCUUCUUCAACUCCUUCGGCCUCUACCUUAUGGGCUGGUUCAUCUUCACCUUCAUCCUGCUCAUCUGCACCCUGAAGUCCACCGUCGCCUUCUUCAGUCUCUUCUUCACCCUCGACCUCGCCUUCCUCCUGCUCGGUAUCGGCUACCUCCAGCACGGCGCGGCUGGGCCCAACACCGGCUGCAUCAAGGCCGGCGGUGUCUUUGGCAUCCUCGCCGCCUUCCUUGCGUGGUACAACGCGCUCGCCGGUAUCGCGGAUAGCUCCAACAGCUUCUUCGUCAUCCCCGUCGCCCACUUCCCCUGGAGCGACACCGGCCGCGAGCGCCGCAGCAAGGUCGACAACUCGAACGCGCGCGAUGCCGCUCACGUCGCAUGAAACUGUUACUUGCUCUGCGCACGCGCAAAUCAUCCAAUUUUUUAAAAAAUACCCCCAUCGUUCUUAUUCCUCGUCAUUCAGUUUUAUUCGUGCGCUAGUGAAGCUGUACCAGCCGGGAGGGAGGGUAAAGGUUGUUGUAAUUGGAUAAACUAUGAGGUGGAGUGGAGUUCGGUUUGCGCGCGAUCGGCGGGCGUGGCUUCGGCAGCCCGCUUGCCAGAAGAUUGCGGGGAAGGG